GCUCUAGGGGCUCGCUGUCGGCUCUCAGGAACUAGAUUCUAGAAGCCACUUAAGCUAGGGGCUCGCUCGGUAGACGAAGCCGACAACGACGCAAGGGGGCGCUGAUGCUAGCAGCACAGGAGGGACACACUCGGCUUGUUGAGGCUCUAAUAGACGAGUGGGGGGCGCCCGUCGACCAACACGCGCACGACGGGAAGACUGCCUUGAGGCUAGCAGCGCUCGAAGGGCAUUUCGACACGGUCCGCUCUCUCCACGCCCGCGGUGCCGACGUCGAUUCUCUUGACGCAGACCGACGAAGCACUCUCUACGUGCUAGCGUUAGACAAUCGACUGGCGAUGGCGCGGUGCCUUCUUGAUUGUAGAGCGAGCGUCGCUGCUGCGGAUCAAGAGGGUCGGACACCAUUGCACGUGUCAGCGUGGCAAGGGCACACAGAUAUGGUGAAUCUACUCAUCAAAGUUGGUGGCGCUCAAGUAGACGGCCGAGACAGGUGCCGUCGGACGGCGCUCCACGCCGCCGCCUGGCGAGGCCGGGCCUCCGUGCUGCGAGCGUUGCUACAGCACGGCGCCGACCCCGCCGCCGUUUGCACGCAGGGAGCCACGCCGCUAGGUAGGCAGGGAGCCAUGUCACUAGGGAGGGAGCCACGUUACUAGGGAGGGAGCCACUACCAGGGUGUCAUGUUACUAGGGAGGGGCUCACGUUACUAGGGAGGGAGCCGUGUCACUACGGAGGCAGCCACGUUACUAGGGAGGGAGCCACGUCACUGGGGAGGGAACCACGUCACUAGGGAGGGACCGCAGAGACCGCUGCCGUCGGACCGGGCCUCUGUGCUGCGAGCGUUGCUACAGCACGGCGCCGACCCCG